CCAGAUCAUGCUUUCGCUUUCCUUCCCGCAAAAACUGAUUCCUUCUCUCCGCUCUGUCUUUUAUCUUUCUCAAACUAUUAUUAUUAAAACUUAUAAAUUAAGCCUAAGGCUAUGCUGGUAAAUUUUGUGCAAUCCUCCUGCAACGCCAUUUCACCUUCCUCUUAGAUCGAAUCAGGUUUAUUGGAUUUGAUCUUUGGAAGUUUGGAGUGGUUGUGUUAAGUCUGGCAAAUCAAUGCAGGUCGAGGCCAACCUUAAAUUUGUAACUGGUGACUAAUUAUGAUUCUUUUGAUCUGAGAGUCAUGGUGCUUUAGUUGUAAUGAGUAUCCAGGAGUUAGGUUGGGGUGAAAGGGCUAUUUUUAUAACCAAUGGGUGUGAGCUACUUGGCAAUUUCAUCUGUUUGUACGGUUUUAAGCUUUUUAGGUCUUCAGUGGUGGACCGAGUUUUCAUUAGAUAAACUAAGAACUGAUGGGUUGAUUGGUGAGAAUUUCAUUGAUUUGGAGAAUGCCAACCAUGCCCUUGAGUUGUUCUUGGGUUCAUAUGCCACAGUUGCAUUGCUGGCAAAUUUUGCCCUCAAUGUUUAUAUUCUACUUAUUCUUUGUCUCAAGACUAUAUUCUUUGUAGAGUUGUAUCCUUCUGAAACUCAUAAAUUUGUGGAACGUCUUAUCCACUAUGUCAUUUACAAGGGGGCAUUUCUACCACUUGUUGUUCCACCAACAAUUUAUCAAAUGGGCUUGUGGUCAAUCUGGUUGACUGUCUUGUGUUCUUUAAAGAUGUUUCAAGCCUUGGCAAGAGAUAGACUUGAACAUUUGAAUGCAUCUCCCUCUGCAACACCAUGGACAUAUUUCCGUGUGUUUUCAGUAUUACCAUUGGUUUUCUCUGUUGACAUUUUCUGCAUAUGGCUGUGUCUAAAAAUGUACAGAGCACUGGAUUCAUCUAUGUUCCUGUUGUUAUUUUUUGAGCCUCUAAGUGUUGCUUUUGAGACCAUGCAGGCCAUUUUGGUUCAUGGUUUCCAGUUGCUUGAUACGUGGAUCCAUGCAGCAGGGAAUAGUACAAACUUUGAAAGGUCAAAGUUCUUUGAUACAUCAGCGGCAGGUUCAUUGUUGGAAUGGAAGGGCAUUCUCAUCCGAAAUUUGGGUUUUUUCCUAGACAUGUCUACAUUGUUGAUGGCACUUGGUCAUUAUGUGUAUAUUUGGUGGCUUCGUGGCUUGGCUUUCCAUCUUGUGGAUGCAGUCCUUUUCUUAAACAUACGUGUAAAUAUUUCUGCCUUGCUUAGUGCUAUCAUAAAGCGUAUAAAAGGAUUCAUCAAAUUAAGACUCGCUUUAGGGGACCUUCAUGCUGCACUUCCUGAUGCAACAUCUGAAGAGCUACGUGCAUUUGAGGAUGAAUGUGCAAUUUGUCGGGAGCCCAUGGCAAAGGCUAAAAAGCUUCAGUGCAAUCACCUUUUCCAUCUUGUAUGCUUGAGAUCUUGGUUGGAUCAAGGUUUAAAUGAGAUGUACUCAUGCCCUACAUGUCGAAAACCGCUUUUUGUGGGUAGACCUGAAAACAAUGUAACCCCUCGAGUUGGGGAAGUUUCAAUCGAUGAACAGUUAGCUCGUCAAUUAAGUUUGGGCCUUGAUAUGCAAAACAAUUCUGCACAAACACUGCCCACUGGUGUUUUCCCAACUCAGGCACAGAACCCUAUGGAAGAUGGCCCUUGGAGGAGUGCAGGACUGGAUUCAAGUUGGUUGCACACUUGGCCAAACCAAGGUGUUGACGGAGCUGGUCCUUCUACAGCUAUGAGAUCAGUUGGAUUAGGGAGAGUUCAGAUGAUGAUGAGACAUCUUGCAUCUGUAGGAGAAACCUAUGCACAAUCUGCCAUUGAGGAUAAUUCUUGGAGCAUUUGGCCAGCGAAUCCUUCUCAGGCUGCUGGUGGUUCUUCUGGUUCACCUAUUCCUCCUGUUGCUGGAAGAUACCUUGGAAAUACUGGUGACAUAGCAAAUAUACUUGCCAUGGCUGAGACUGUGCGGGAGGUUCUGCCACAUGUCCCAGAUGAGUUAAUUUUACAGGACUUGCAAAGAACAAAUUCAGCUACUGUUACCGUGAAUAAUCUUCUUCAAAUGUGAUUGCUUACAUACCUUGAUGCUCCACCGAUACGAGAAUGAGAAUCAUAUUCGAGUGUAUAAGCUCGAAGGCAUGCAUGCGCAGAAGGAAGGUAGUUUGAAUUUCCACACAGAAAGGUUAAAUCUGUUUGAUGUUUGUUAUUGUUACGGAAAGAUUAAAUAUUCAGAGCUUAAUUCUCUGUACAUAAAAGGCAGCUCACUAAUCAGUUGUUCGCAGUGAACAACACAAAUAUAGCCCUUUGUAUUAUUUACUGCAUGGAAAAAUAAAGUUGCUACAUACACAUCUCACAUACGGUUUUAUUA